ACCUAAACUUAAAACCUGUGAUUUUAGCAAUAAAUUGUAAUUUUUCUUCAGAAAUAUAUCGAUUUUUACAAUUAUGGGGACAGAAGUGGCGUUAUCAUUUAGUACUUUACGUACACAAUUAGAAAAUGAGCGAAAUAGUUUAUUCAAAUUAGACGAAAACAUAAAGAAAAUAGUGCAAACAUCAGGACGAUACAAUAAUGAAAGCAGAUACAAUCCUUUCGGUGAUCACUCUAGAGGAGGACCUAGGCUAGGCGGCAGAAAUUCGUAUACUGAAGCAAAUAAGAACGACGACCAAUUCUUCAAACGUAAACAUGAAACUAAAACUGUUUUUAGCAGAUUAUCAGCAAAAACUAAUGAUAGUGAUGGAGAGGAAGAUGUACCAGGUCCCAAAAGAACUCGAGUAUCUUCAGCAGUGUGCAGGGAGCUCCCCACUAGAGCAGCUGUCCUGCGAGCCCAGGGGGAUGAUGAGCAAGCAAGGACUAGAAAUAGGAGAAUUUUCGGUUCACUUCUGGGGACCCUGCAAAAGUUCAAACAGGAAGAGAUUGUGUUACAGACUAAAGAAGAUAAAAAAGCCCAAGUAGAAAGAAAAAUAGAAGAGCAAGCUCGGCAAGAGAAGGAAAGGGAAUUAAAAGAAAGGCGAGUAUUAUUUGCAGAGCGGGAACACAAGAAAGCGACAAUCAAAGCACUAGAAGCCAAGAUGAUGAGGGUGCAAGAGUUUGAGAAGUGGGAGGAGUCUCAGCGCAGCCUAGGGAACUUCAUCCUCACCAAGGCCAAGCCCCACAUAUACUGGCUGCCUAGGAGGAUGUCUGAAAAGGCGACGGAGAAGUUGACGUCUAGUAGAAAGUAUCAUGAAAAGUGCAUGGCGAAGAAACGUCAAGAGCUACAAGAGGAGUUGCAGCGAAUAGAGCAGCGCUGUCUGCGGCAGAAGCCGGGUGCUAAGGAGAACGAUCCGCAUGACGAUGUGCCGCAUGACCAGCAUGUUCAUGAAUUGGAAGAAAAUGGCAAUAAGAAGCGAGACAAAUUCGCAAUGGACGCUGAUGAUAAGGAAGACAGUGAUGCAGACGACCAACAUGAUGAUAAGAACAUGGAGCAGGAACUUACUGCUGUUCCAGAACCAGAAGAAAUCAAAAUGGACACAAGCACAGAUCACACUGAGCAAAAUGACAUUGUUCCAAAUGAGAUUGCACCAAAUGUGACUGUACCAAAUGACAUUGUACCAGAGAACGCUGAAGAAAUACCACAAACAGAGCCUAAAGCUGAAACCGUAGAAGAGAAAAAACCAGAUUCCAAUAAUCCAGAACAUUCCUAAUGCUUGAUAUACAC